AGCUGCAAGGUGUGCCACAAGCAGUUUGCCAACGUGUACCGCCUCCAGCGUCACAUGAUUUCCCACGACGAGUCGACGCUGCUGCGGAAGUUCAAAUGUACCGACUGUGAUAAGGCGUUCAAGUUCAAGCACCACCUGAAGGAACACGUGCGCAUCCACUCGGGUGAGAAGCCGUUCGGAUGCACCAACUGCGGCAAGCGGUUCUCCCAUUCCGGUUCCUACUCCAGCCACAUGACCUCGAAGAAGUGCAUCAGCAUGGGGCUGAAGCUGAACAACAACAACAACAACAACAGCUCGGCGGUCAGUAACAACAAUAGUAGCAGCAGUCCUAGUGGUAAGUCGGAGAAAAGUGGACGUCGAUCCGGGUCUUACCUCCCGGGAGGAAGCCCGGCAGCCGCCGGUCUAUCCAACGGACAGCUCUCGAACGGUCAGAACACGACCAGUAGCACCAAUCCCAACGCAUUCUUCCCCAUGCUUCCGAAGUAUCCCAACUACGAAACGGCUGCAUUCCUGGCCUCGUUCAACCACUUGUAUCCCCUCAAUUCGGUCAAUCCCGCAUUCAGCCACUACAACAUACAUCGCCUGAUAGAAUUGUCUGCCGGUGCGGCUGCUGGUUCGGCUCCCACCGCAGAAUCGAUGGAAUCGCUGCUUCUCAAAACGCAACAGCAAUUCAAUGCAACGCUCAAGUCGGACCUGGGCCGAAGCUCAAAGUCACCCGACGUAAGCGUCCAUUCCGACGCGGAAGACAUGAUCGAAGAAGUGACCGAGAAUGAAAACGAGGAGGAGGAAGAGCCAAAACUGGUCAUGGAUGUGGAUGACGACGAUGAAGAAGACGACGCACAGGAAGAUGAGGAAGAUGCAGAGAAAAGAGACAUCAAAGUAGACGAAGAUGACGACGAGGACGAUGAAGAACAGAAAUUUCCAAUCGAGCGACGUUCCAUGCAAUCUUCACCGGUCGUUCCCGGGAGCACAGACGCUGUUCCAAUGGCGAAUGACUACCGAAACAUUCUCGAUGACAUGAAGCAGAAAAUACUGGAUGCUGCGCAUCGUAUGUCUGUCGGAGAUCAAGUCAUCCACCGGCAAUCCACCCCGAUCAAUGUCAGUGCAGACCCGAUCAAAAUGGAACGCCCCGAAUCGGUCUCAUCGCCAGAACUGAACAUUGAUAUCGAUCGCAGUAGUCCAAGUCCUGUCCCGGUAGCCCCUCCUACUCCGCAAAUCAAGGAAGAGUUCAAAGAGGACGAAGACAUGGAGAAGAUCGAAGACAAGGCGCCAGUUCUUCAGUGUCAACAAUGCCAGGCCACCUUCAACCAUCAGACGGAACUUGUUCAGCACGAGCAAGUACUCUGUCAGUCGCUACUCCUACAAAAGCAAAUUGCGGCGGCAGCCGCUGCCGCAGCAGCUGCCAGCAACUACCUGCCAAUGCACAGCGGUAGCGAAGACGACACGGACUUUGACGGAUCCAAGACUUCCGCGGAACGCAGCGGAAAGGUCCGCGUACGAACCGCCAUCUCCGAGGAACAACAAAACGAACUCAAAAAGUAUUACGCCAUCAACAACAAACCGAAUCGCGAAGAAUUCCAGGUGAUUGCCAAGCGAGUCGGCAUGGAAGCCCGUGUCGUCCAGGUGUGGUUCCAAAACAACCGAUCGCGGGAACGAAAAAUGGGUAACCUGAUCAACAACCGCAACCCGAUUCAAGCAGAUGGCGCAACGCCUGCUAUGUUCACUGCUGAUCAGUCCGCACCUAGUCAAACGGGAUCGGAAACCGAUCAACCGCUCGAUCUUUCCGUCAAGAAACCAGACUCGAUCCCUUCCGGUUCGCCACGCUACGGCACGGCUCCCUGCUCGCAACCCGACACCGCCAGCCUCCUCGACGAAGCCAUGAAUCUCAGUGUGAAAUCGUCCCGCAGUUCCACCCCCUUCAAGGGUUUCUAUCCGUACAAUCAGUUCCCCCCGGAAAUGAUGAUCCGUCAAACGCCCUCGCCUAACGAAGCCGCCGCCCAUCCGCGUCAACGGCCUCCUCCGAUCGCCGCGGCAGCGGCCGCACCCGGUUAUGCGCCCAUACCUCCCUCGGACAGCGCCUUCCUCGGAAUGGAUCGCUUCCUGCAGCACUUUCCGCCGGAGCUGACCCGCGGUCCGCCAAUCCGCGCCGACAGCCUCAGCCCCGGUGCCCCCGAGAAGCGACCGUGGCGCGAUCUGGAACAGUACCACCACAACGGCCACUCGCCGUACGACGAGUCGCAGCAGCAGAAGCUGCUCCAGCUGCAGCAUUCGAUGCUGACCGUGCCGAAGCGAGUGCUCUACUCGACGGCCAACACCGGCAAGGAGCAACCGGACGCCGAAGGCCAGUACAUCUGCGACCAGUGCGAUAAGGCGUUCAGCAAGCACAGCUCGCUGCAGCGGCACAAGUACGAACAUUCAGGUCAACGCCCCUACAAGUGCGUCGAGUGUCCAAAGGCCUUCAAGCACAAACACCACCUGACGGAGCACAAGCGCCUGCACAGCGGCGAGAAGCCAUUCCAGUGCUGCAAGUGCCUGAAGCGGUUCUCGCACUCCGGAUCGUACAGCCAGCACAUGAACCACCGCUACUCGUACUGCAAGCCCUACAGGGACGGCAAAUAAGAUGAGGACCAGGGACGGGAAGUUCCGUCCCCGGCCGGUCUCGCCGCCGGCGGUUUCCAUCCGUCGUCCUACCACCACCAGCAGCACCAUCCGCCUCAUCCUCAUCCUCCGCCGAGCCGACCGGGACGACGUGGCCGCCGUCCGGGAUCGUCGUCGUCGUCGGUGUUCCCUGGGCCACCGCCGCCGCCGCCGCCUCCUCCACCUCCACCACCAGGGUCCGCGGCCGCGGCAGCGGCCAUGGCAGGAGUAGUUACACCACCCGCCGCCGCAGCAGCAGCAGUGCCAUUCCACCACCACCAACAUCCGGCGAUGCCGGCCGUUUCAUACUUUGAUCGGCGGCUGCUGGUGGACAGCUAUCUCAACUCGGGCUUCCUGGCGUAUGGUGGCGGAAUCGGCGGAGUUCACUAGAAUGGGGAAGCAGGUUCGAACUUAACUACAUUUCGGGAAGAUUUGAUAUACUUUUAUAUUUUUUUUAAAGUUGAUUAUUGGUUAAUUUAUUCGUGGUAUUCUUUUCGGCCCCAAAAAGCAAGGCAAAACGAAUGAUCGUACUUAAAAACCGGAAAUUGCGAAAUUAACGCACGUAAACUGAUCCCAGUUUUAUGGCCCAAAAUUUGACGCAACCGACGUCAGCUGGCCGGUCGGCCGGUGUGCUAGGUCAGAAGUGUUACUAGAAGCUGUGCAUUUAUUAAAAUGGGUCGCCAAUGCCCAGGAAGGCCAACUCCCGCCCAAGGUGUUGACUUCAGGACAAUAUACUCUUCUUCUUACUCUAUUUGCAGUAAGAAUGGUUGAAACUCUUAAGCAAGCAACUCGAAUCUCAUUCCUUCGCUAAGGUUUAUUUGUGUAAUAGUGGUUAUUGAAACAAAAGAAAACUUAGCCUGUUACGAUUACUCUGAAUUUACUUAUUUUUUACGGCUCGUUUUAAGUGAUUUAGCGUUUAAGUCGGGUGCCGUAUGUUGCUUUGCGCACAAGGCGCGUGCUCUACCUGUAAAAUACUCAACGUGAAUUCAGUUGCCAUAUUAAACGGAGAACAAUGUGUUGGUUUUAUUGGAAAAGAAAAACGAUUUAUCCAACGUAGGUAACAUCAUUCAAGGCUGGGUCUAGCAAUUAUUGUUUUAAUUUUUAUGUUUUAUUUUGUUUUCAAAAAUCCUAUGAAAAUAUAUUAGAUAAAGGAAAACCAAAUCCGAAGAAAAAUAUAUACGCAUUUUUGGACCACACGGUGUUAACAAGACAAUACAAUACAGUAAAAAUUUACCCUUUAAAUCGAAUUGAUAACCUAACACAAACACACACUUUCUAUCUCACUAUUGAAGUAACGAUUUUUCCCUUCUCCACUUUUCCAAAUGAUAACAAAGUUCUAUUUCAAAAUCAAGAAAAACAAUCGCAAGUAAUCGACACGAAACUAAGAAAUCCUUGUACUUUUUUCCCCCAUUAAAAUAUCGAAGUCAACUAUCGGAAGCUGUACAUAACUCUCAGAAUUAGUCAGAUUGAAACGCGUCAAAAUUCACGGACAUCGACAUCAACUUUUGCAUAGAUCUAGACAGGAGUGAUUCAAUGGUUGAAAUUCUCGAUUUGGUGACCAAGUCGCGGCCUAUGGUUAAAAAAAGUAAACGAACUAACUUAUUGGGGGUUAUGAGCAAUGGUGGACUGACUUUCUUUUGUUGGAGCUUUACUCGCCGUUUCUUCAAAGCCAAUUCGUUCUCGAAUACCUUAGGCGUUUUGCGUAGUUUAACUUUUAUGAUGGCCCAAAACUUCUCCGAAGUUCCGGCGUCUCGCCUCCGUAAACCAAAUGAAGAGCUUCUGGAGGCACUCAUCUCGGUAGAUUUGCUCAUCGUUAUGCUGAACUUUCCAUCAUGCCAGCUAAACUUAGAGUUCUAUGGUGAAUUUGUCCAACUUCCCCUUCCUUACUUUCUCAGGAAUGGCCUGCAUCCACCUUGAUGUACGUCUCGUUGUCCAUCACGACGCACUUCGGCGUCGUUAGGCACUCCCGAUACAGCUUCCUGGCUACCGUGUUUUGUUUGUCGUUCUGGUUUGGUGCCUCCCUGACCUUGUCGAUGCGGUGGCCGACACAUUUCAUCGUUUUUUCGUCAAAGCAGAUGAAAACCUCGGUCAUCUUCGCCACAGCACGCAUCGAAAGAUUUGGACAACGCUUGAACAAUUUUAACACUUUUCUUGCCUUCACCGGAUCAACUGUCGGCGGUAUUCUGUCGCUUGGGUUCCUCCCUUGAAUGACUUCACCACCCGGAACACAACCAAAUGAUGCAAAACCAGAUGAUUUCGGAUCCAUCUAUGAGACGUAGUUGGAUUUUCCACAACGGUGAACACCUUUUUUUUGCUGAUCAUCUCUUGUUCCGAUAACUACUUGACAGAUUGUGAUGAUUCUGCCAACGUAAACACUACACUCUUAGUUAGUUCCAGUCAAAAUAUCACCGAUUUUUACCCAUGUGGGAUCUACCAUUUAUGGUUCCGGAAGUUUACGGAUUUGCUAUAUUUUAAGGUGCCUUCCGGCUCCGGUUCUUCACCGUUCACUCCACUACUUCUUCACUCUAAUGCUGCUCCGUGCUGCUCACUCUCGGAGUGAGUGUCACAACAACACUCUUAUGCUCAAACAGUCUACAUGUGCAACUAUUUACCCAUUGCCAAGAUGUGUGUACCGACCGAGAUACCAAAAGGGCCAGGUCCGCAUUUGCAGGGCACCACAACCCACACCAUAACACACAAUGUUUAAAUCUUCGUGUUGAUUAUUGUGACAACCGCAGCCUACUAUGUAAAAACAUUUCACUUCAAUAUGGAUUUGAAACAAUCAUCUGUGAACUGCUUGUGCUGACACACACUGAACAAAAUUACCACGAUGUAAUGAAAAUCUUAUUUAUGAUAACAAUCGAUCUAAUGAUUUUUAGUCAAAGGCGAUGAGCUUGGCUAUCCAAAUUGGAUUUCGUUUUCCUGUUGCCCAAGCAAAAGUGCAAAGUUCAAAGAGUUUUGAAGAGGAACCGUCGCAAUACCUAAAUGGUUUCGGUUUGGUUUUACGAUGAUUCUAAGGACCCCAAAAGGACCCUUUAGAACUUAUUUUGCUUAAGCAGGUGACUCAAUUCGUGUUUUUGUCAGUUAUCAAUGUUUCCAUAUGUUAUGAAGGCUGCUCCCACUUAUUCAGAAAUCCGACAUUUGAAUCACUCUCGUCAAUAUCCCAUCACUCACAUUCACCGACAACAUGUCAAAUGGUUUCAGCAACGCCCAAUAAUGACGGCGCAGCGACUUCCGCCUGUCAGUACGCGAACUUAUACCAGUAGGCUUUGAAAUCACAUUUCGCGCUUAUCGCUUUUCAACGUUACACACUUACACACAUUACCAGGUGCUUGGUAAAACCCGUUGUCCCUAAAUUGUACAGAAAACAAAAACAGCUGUAAAUACUCGCACCAAACACAAAACUCUCUCACACACACAUCGAGCAACACGUGUUUUGUUUUGAGUAGCAAAAUGAGCGCUUGCUUGUUCUCUAUAGGUAAAAGUAAGGUUACAUCUCACUGUAUAAUAUGUAAUAUGUUAUAAGCUGUAUUAUACAUUUAUAAGACAAACAAAUAAUCGAACGUAAGAUAUGGAAAUAAUACAUCGAGUUAUAUUGUAAUCUUUUUUACAAACAAAAACAAACAAUGAAUAGUCUACAAAAUGGAGGAAAAAAAGAAAAAGCAAAGCCAACAAGUCAACAACGAAAUGAAAUGAAAACAAACAAAAAAAACUGUUAAUUUAGAGCAAAACAAGUUGUCGAGUGCCGGUCGUGUUCGGUUGCCGAUUCCGAACGGCGGAAACCCCUCGCGCACACGAGCCCCGGCGCACGACAAAGAACAAGUGUCUUUUUGUAUUAACUUUAACUUGAAUUACUAUUUUUAUUAAAUUGCUACACUGAACGAAUUAUUAUUGAGCAUUAUUUAGUUAUGUGAAACCGUACGCCAUAAGGAACGUAAGUGAAGUAAAAAAAAACUAAGAAAAUAUUAUAUUUAAUGAUAAAGUAUUGUUAAAUAUUUCUACGAAUAAUCGAUAAAUUCAAGCAUAAAAAUUCAAAACAACAAAACUUAAAAGAUAACCAUUCCAGUAAAAGAAAAAAACGAAAUGCAAACAAAAACUUUAAGACGCUGAUUGAUGGAGAAAUUCUCGAGGAUGGAAAAUGUUUUUGCAAGCAAAGCGAACGUGAAAAUUCGGUUUUCCGGUGGAAAAUUGACUUGAGUAGAAACCUCUUCUUCGGUGUUAUUUUAAAGUGUAUACACACUGGAAAAAUAACGCUGAACGGAGCUGACAGAUUCAUCCCAGUCAAUUUUCCACCCGAAGGCACCUCACACCAAUUUAGGCAAAUUACAGCAUUAUAACGAAAUUGUGUAACUAAUGACAUAAAACAAAAAGAAUAAAAUGUAAGGGGUUGAUCUUGUUACCAGACAAUAAUAUAAAUUUAACGAACGAACAACGGAAUGCCAACCAAUUUGCCAACUCCGACAGAGCGUAGCGUGCCAUGCCUUCAGCCAGAGCACGAACCACCGCGCGAUAACGAUCGCACCAAACGGAGAAACGCUUAACGCAAACGCUUCCCGUUUGGUUUGCGUGUGACGUCGCUGUGGUCGGUCGAUCAAUCGAAGAAACUUCUUGUGCGCAUGCUCGCUACCGCCAGUCGUGCUAGAAACAUUCUCGCGCUAAUUUUUAGCAACAUUUUGCCUUAUUAAAUAUUGAUUUAACAAAACACAAAUCGCGAAAUGCUCAAAAUUCGCCAAAGCCCCCCACUUUUGCUUCCUCACUUUGUCCCUAUUGUUUAUUUCUUCGAUAAACAAAACAACAGUCAGGUUUCCAAAACAACGAAUUUCUCCCGAGUUGCAGUCAAAUGUGUUAUACACACACUCGAAGUCUUGACGAUCUCGGUAAACUGAUUGCCGAUUGUACUGGUAAAACUAUGCCGAAUAGCGGCAAUCCGUUUACCGCGAUCGGUUUCAAAACUCACGAGAGUGUAAUGGAAAACUUCUUCGAAUGCUCUUAACUAGGUUGUAAGAAACAUUGUACAUUUUCCUGUUUAGUUUAGUUUUCUCUAAUAAUUACAUUAUCUUUUCUUUUUCAAUUCUUGUACAAAAAAAAUGAAAUUAUUACUUCAUAAUUUUCGGUCCACAAGCUAGCAAUCCAAAGAAUUUCGUGCUCUUUCGUUCCAAUUUUUGAUUAUACUGCAAAAAUUCGACUGUACAGCAAACUAACGAACAGAGAGCCACAACGAACAAGAGAGGUAGAAUCUAAAGCCAAAAAGUACUAGUGUUUAGUUCUAUAUAGGGAAUAAGUUCAGUUAGCCGCGCACCGCUCGGUUAGAUUUGUAAGAAUGAGACUUUUCCCCACUAUUUUUAUUAGGUUACACACGUUGACGAUUGUAUUAACUUUAUGAAACAGAUGUUUAUGAUUUUCUCACUUCUUCCAAAGAUUAGGUUUUCGUUCGCGGUAAUAUAAGUGUGAACUAUUUGUGCCAAAGCAAAACAGAAAGAAAAAAAAACAAGAACGGAACGGAUGUUUCUUUUUGGUGUCUCACCUUAGUUUUUUUACAGUAACAAAAAAUAUGGAAAAUUAGCAAACAUGGCGAGAUAUCCAGCAACAAGGAAUCAAAAAACAGAAGAGAAAAACACGAUGAAUGCAAACAAUGAAAACGAACAGAACUAAAAGUUACUCGAUGGAGAUGUAAUUCGAAGUCAAGUGAAAAGUGGAAACAAAAA